UCCCAGCGCUCCGCUGCAGCUUUGGUGUCAGGAGCGAAAUGAGGUCAGCCCUGGAGCCCGCGGUGUGGGGGAUCCUGCUUUGGAGGUGAAUGCCUUGUAGUUGCAGGGGGUCCUGCAACGGGUUCCCUGAGACCGGCGGGGGGCCGGGACGCCGCUGAACACGGCGGGACACGACUGGACACGGUUGGUGCCACCGCCCCUCUUCCCUCCUCCUAGCACCUAUGCUUGGAACACAUGACAGACAGGUCUGUGAGACACCCUUUGCUGCUGAGGCACACGGAUGGAUGCUAAAUCACCUGCACCGAGCUUCAGCAGAUCAUGGCAGAUCAGCUUGACCUUCUUUUGAGUGUGAUCUUCAUGGCCAGCCCCAUGCUGGGAAUGUCUCCCUGUUCUUCCAAUGGCCAGAUCGCCUUAUUUCGCCACUGUAACCUUACCCAGAUCCCCUGGGUCCUCGACACCACAGAGAGGCUCCUUCUCAGCUUCAACUACAUCAGUGUGGUCAACGCCACGUCAUUUCCAUUCCUGGGGCAGCUCCUGCUGCUGGAGCUGGGAACCCAGUUUACAUCCAUGACCAUCGGCCGGGAGGCCUUCAGAAACCUGCCCAAUCUGAGGAUCUUGGACCUGGGCCAAAACCACAUUGAAGUCUUGAGUCCAGACGCUUUUCAGGGACUUCCCCAUCUCAUGGAACUUCGACUGUUUUCCUGUGAGCUCUCCAGUGUUGUGCUAAGAGAUGGUUACUUCAGAAAUCUAACUUCAUUGGCUCGCUUAGACCUCUCUGGCAACCAGAUUUACAGCCUUCAUCUCCAUUCUUCAUUUCAGGAACUGAAUUCCUUAAAAGCCAUAGAUUUUUCUUUCAAUAAAAUAUUCCCUUUAUGUGAGGAUGAACUCAAGCCCCUGCAGGGUAAAAUACUCUCUUUCUUUGGCCUCAAAUCAACAAGCCUGUUCAGCAGAGUCUCUGUGAGUUGGGAGACUUGCAGGAACCCCUUCAGAGGCAUGUGGCUGGAAACUCUAGACCUCUCUGAAAAUGGUUGGACAGUGGACAUCACAGGCAACUUUAGCAAUGUCAUCCGGGGAAGCCAAGUCACCUCUUUGAUUCUUAUGCACCACAUAAUGGGGUCUGGCUUUGGCUUCCAGAACAUCAGAAACCCUGACCAGAACACGUUUGCUGGCCUGGCUAGAAGUUCGGUGAUGUUCCUGGACCUUUCGCAUGGCUAUAUCUUCUCCUUGAAUUCCAGAGUGUUUGAGACGCUGAAAGAUUUGAAGUUUCUGAACCUUGCCUCCAACAAGAUAAACAAGAUCUCAGAUGAUGCGUUUUAUGGACUUGACAAUCUCCAAGUUCUCACUAUGUCAUGUAAUCUUUUGGGAGAACUUUAUAAUUCCAACUUCUACGGGCUACCUAGAAUCGCUUACAUUGACCUUCAAAAGAACCAUAUUGGGAUCAUUCAAUACCAAACGUUCAGAUCCCUGGAGAACUUACAAACCUUGGAUCUCCGCGAUAAUGCUCUUAAAACCAUCAAUUUCAUUCCAAGCAUCCUGACCAUCUUACUGGGUGGCAAUAAGCUGGUCGAUCUGCCACGCGUCCGCUUUACAGCCAACUUCAUCGAAUUAUCCGAGAACAAACUGGAAGAUUUGUCCGACCUCUACUUCCUCCUGCAAGUUCCCCAGCUUCGGUCCCUCAUCCUGAACCAGAAUCGCCUGUCCUCCUGCAAGGCAGUCUAUACCCCUUCCGAGAACCUGAGCUUGGAACAUCUUUUCCUGGCAGGAAAUAUGCUGCAGCUUGCCUGGGAGACCGGCCUCUGCUGGGAUGUUUUCAAAGGCCUUUUCCACCUCCAAGUCCUGUACCUGAAUAGUAACUACCUUAAUUUCCUCCCUCCUGGAAUAUUUAGCGACCUGGUUUCGUUACAGUUGCUCAAUCUUGGCGCUAACAGGUUGACCUCUCUCUCUCCUGGCAGCUUACCUGCUACUCUAGAGUUUCUUGAUAUAUCUAGAAAUCAGCUCUUCUCUCCUGAUCCUGGGUUGUUUGCUUCACUUAGCUCCUUGGACAUAACGCAUAACGAGUUCGUCUGCCAGUGUGAACUUAUCCCUUUCAUCACCUGGCUCAACCAAACCAAUGUCACCCUGCAGGGCUCUCCUGCAGACAUAUACUGCAUGUACCCUGACUCGCUGGUAGGGGUCUCCCUUUAUGACGUCUCCACCAAGGAGUGUGAUGAAGAGGAAGUCUUGCAGUCCAUAAAGUUUUCCCUUUUCGUCCUGUGCACUGUCACUUUGUCCUUGCUCCUCGUCACCACCUUCACGUUCAUAAAGUUCCGGGGGACUUGUUUCCUGUGUUAUAAGAACAUUCAGAGACUGGUGUUCAAGGACAAGGUCCGGAGUUCGGAACCCAGUGCAUACCAAUACGAUGCCUACUUUUGCUUCAGUAGCAAAGACUUCGAAUGGGCACAGAAUGCUCUGCUCAAACACCUGGAUGCCCAGUAUAGUUCCCGAAACAGACUCAGGCUGUGCUUCGAAGAGAGAGACUUCAUCCCCGGGGAAAACCACAUCUCAAACAUCCAGGCGGCUGUCUGGGGCAGCAGAAAGACCGUGUGCCUAGUGAGCAGACAAUUCCUUAAGGAUGGCUGGUGUCUGGAAGCCUUCAGGUACGCCCAGAGCCGGUGCCUGUCUGACCUCAAGAAUGUUCUCGUCGUGGUGGUGGUGGGGUCCCUGUCCCAGUAUCAGCUGAUGAGACAUGAGACCAUCAGAGGGUUUCUUCAAAAGCAACAGUACUUGAGAUGGCCUGAGGACCUCCAGGAUGUUGACUGGUUUCUCAAUAAACUCUCUGGGUGCAUACUAAAGGAAGAAAAAGGGAAGAAGAGAAGCGGUACCAUUCCGUUGCAAACUGUAACAACCAUUUUCUAGUGGAAAGAGCCAUUUCCAAGUGUCAGGGAGAACUCUGCACAUUGUACGUGCUCAACCGUAUGGGGGUCGUCCCCAGAGGUUGUUUUCUGUCCAUGAGAACAUCAUCAAUCUCUUAGUGUUCAUGUCAACAGAUGUUCUGUGCCACUGACCUCCUAAUGGAAAAUGAUGGAAAGCCGCAGCUGCCUCUCAAGUUUCCCACUCCCCAUCGAUGUCCUUCUGGGCCCAACAACACGGUUUCCUCCCAUUCUCUUGCAUACUGCCUGCCUCCUCGAUGGUGAGGCCACCUUGGGAGAAGCUAUGGUGGUGUCAUGCUUCCUGUGUUGUUCACUCUGAGAACAGGCUGUCACUGUAGAACACGGACAGCUGAGACGGGGCUUUCUCGGGCCACGGGAGUGAUACCAGUGCUGAGGACCGCUGUCUCUCUACAUUGGUGAUAAGACCUUGGAUGGCAGCAACCCCAUCACAGCGGCCCUCAAUGCACUUACUUCAUGUCGUGACCCUGCAGGCUCAGCUUCUGUGGGUCAUGGCCAUCUUCUGCACUGGACCGCUCAUCCGGUGCCCACGCCUAUUCACGACUUAGCACCAGCCUGACCCUUCCACAUCCUCCCCUGUUGUACGCACUACACACUGUAAGAAGGGUGUGGACUUUACACAGAUUUCUUGCUGAUUCUGUGGUUUCUUAACCAUGGAACUCGAGCUUUCUAUACCAUGACUGGGCCUCAGUGUUCUCCCCUGUAGGCCUAGUAACACCUACCUCAUCAGUAUGCCGCGAAUGCUCAUUGGCCAAGAAUGUCGUGACUUCUCUGAUAGUUUUCAUUGCCCUAAGACCACAGGUGAAGACUCACAUUCAAAGGCCCCUGGAGGCUAUCGUAAUUUCUUGAGUUUGUACUUUUUUAUCCUAAAAAGAGUUUAUGUGCAUUCUAAUCAUUUUGUGUGUUUAUUAAUAUAGCAAUGUUUCUCUGCAAAAGCAUUAAGAAACCUUAAACCAAAGAACUGUAUUGCAGGUCCCCAGCACCUCGUUUGAACUCCUUCACGUUGUGUAUUCACCCCUAGGCCAGCUGUUGCAGCCUGAAUACCUGGAGGGGCACAGCACCUCCCUGUGACGGACACACACACCCCAGUCACUGAAAUGCAUGCCAACGAUGUAUUUGGUAUGUGUGAGGACACCCCAACUGUGAGCCCUGCUGGCCAACCCUUUUUUGUUUGCCUGUGUCCUGGGCCAAGGGUGGGACCUGACCCAUAGUAAGUUCUUAAUGAAGCAAUAACCACGAAGUCUGGCCAAUAAUUUAUUAGGGGGCGCAAUGGAAAAACAGAUCAUGAAUACAGAACAAGGUAGACGCUGCUUCUGAUCCAGCUACAGUUGCCCUGAUGUUCUGCCCUUGGGCGAUGAGGACCAACCACAAGUCUUGCUUCUGCUCCAACCAUGAGAGAAAGAGAGAGAGAGAGACAGACACAGAGAGAGAGGGGGCCUCCUCCUCAGAUUUAUUCGGUCCCAUAUCCAGAGAAAACCAUGCGCAUAGGGCUAGUUACCCCGAAUGUCUUUGGCUGAAACAGAUCAAAUGUCCAUAACAUCUAAGUAUCGAGUGACACCCACUUUCUCAAGUGUCAGCAUGGUUGUCGUCUGCUCUUAGCUCUCCAGGGAUGGGUAGGACGGGGCUAGGCUGUGAGAGUGACGCCACAGAGAAACUGAGGCAGGUGAAGGCGGAAGAUGCUAGGUUCGGGGAAGCGCUGGGCUUGUAGUGUGGAGGUCCUGGAGGGGACUCAUCCAGAACAGCCAAGAGCGGUGCUGGGCCUGAGGAGCGGGUAUGGGGAGGCAGGAAAGCAGCUCUGGCUUAUUCAUGGAGACUGCCUUCUCUUGAUCCUUGUUCUAAGGGGUACAGCAAAACCGGACCCCAACUUUCCUCACGGUUGCAACCACAGCUCCUGAAGAUGAAGGAAGACGAUGCUGGCUGGUUCAGUCUCACCUCCCUGCUGUCUGUCAGCCUCGGCUCUGCGCACGCUGCAGGCACAGCUACGAUGCUCAGCAGGUCUGGCGGAGCCUCUCCCCAGAACGAGGUAGAGCAGCGCAGCUAAAGAGGGGCAGAUCAGGGAAAGAGCAGACACGCAGUUUCUUAUGUCUGCCUUCUUUUCUGAAAUACUCCGAAAAGCAUAACUUUUCUCUUUUUCUCUCUACCCCCGUCCUAGCGUGUUUUUCCUACACUCUGGACCUUCAUUCUUCUUUCUAGAGUUCCCGCUAUGCCAUGUGGUCUUCACGACGGCUUCACUCAUGCGUCAUGGCUUUCCCCAUUUUCUUCUCCACUCUAUCCCUCCAGGCAUCUGCAAAGAUUCACGUCCUGCCUGCCCUGGGGUUGUUGUUUGUUCUGUUUUCAAAGUUAAACUCUAAAAGAAGCAUUCUCAAGCUUUUUAAAAAAAAAUUAUCCCACUGCUUAGCAUGAAAAUUGAAGGGUGCUCGUUCCCUUUAGUCACUGGAGAAAUCUAAAUCAAGACCACAUUGGUGUGGCACGCCCCACCCACCAACAUAGCUAACAUCAAGAUGACUGUCAGUACCAAACAGUGAAAAAGACAUGGAACAAUGGAAACGCCCUGCGUGACCGUGCAUAUGUAAGUUAGCAUCUUUUCAGAAAGCCAACUGUCAUUUCCUGAUAGAGUUGAAUCCAUACAUGUCCCCCACAUGCCGGACACGUUACAUAUUCCACCAGACGCCUUAUCAGCAUUCUUUACAAUAGCCAAUGCAAGGAGCAACUUCCUUGUCCAUUAGCCAUGAAAGGACAGACUGUCAUGGAGAAAGACGUACACGGACCCUUCAGUAACUGCAGCCAUCCGUAACCACCGGCGCCAACCUCACAGAAAUGCUGGCAGGAGAGCGUAAUGAUUGCGUCUGAAAAGACAGCACCCGCCUAUGGAGGUUGUGCUGACAGCCGUCACCUCUGAGGCAUAUGGAAGGGACCUCUGAGACACCAGGUGGGCUCCAUGUCCUGACCUGGGCUGUGGUGACCAUGUGUGUAUACUUUGUGACAAGGAAUUUCUGUGCACCCACAACCUGUUCACUUUUGCCGGAGGUCGUAUUCUGCAGUUUGAAAUCAGAGAAGCUUAAGAAACCAGGACAUUUUUAUCUUGUCUGUAGAACAGGCAGGGCAAAUACCUCAUCCCCCUGACGCCUUAGUUUCAUUGAGAAAGCCACCGGGUAUCACUGGGUUUCCCUGUACUGUCCCUACCAAAGUAGAGCUUUGGGAGCUUUGGGAGAUUGUUAGGGUACAAGAGGACACGAGAUUUCAUUUUAUAUCUUUGGUAUUAAUUUAAAUUUUUUUAUUUCUACAUUUAUUUAGUGUGUGUGUGUGUGUGUGCAUGUCACCAUAUGUGAUCAGAUGUACUGUAAUGCCUGUACUACAGGAUGGUUCACGAGUCAGGCAAGGGGCUGGAGAUUGAAACACACACACACACACACACAGAGAGAGAGAGAGAGAGAGAGAGAGAGAGAGAGAGAGAGAGAGAGAGAGAGAGAGAGAGAGAGAGAGAGAGAGAGAGAUCCUUGAAACAAGAAUGUCAAUUUUAUUGUGUUCCAGGGCAGCUUAUAUAGGGCUCUCCUUGACUAAUAGCCACACCCUAGCUCUCGGGGAUUUUCAGCUGCAAGCCCACCAGAAACCACUCCCCUGCCAUCAGGAACCCAUGAGGGUCUCGUGCCCAGAGCAGCUGCAAGCACAGGAAAACCAGUUGUUUACUUCGGCAGGCAAGGGGUCACAGAAAAUUCAGGGUCUGUAACUCCCAAAAAUCAGAGAUAGAAACAACUUGUGGGAAAUUGUUCUCUUCCCCCACCAUGUGGGCUAUGAGGACUGAACUCAGGUUGCCAGGGGUGGUGCCAAACCACUUUACCCACUAAGCUAUCCUUGCGCCAACUCAAUGAAGCCUUUGGUACUGUUUAAUGUUUAACAGUGUGCAUGUAUUUUGUUAAUGAAACUUUAAAUAGACAAAAUAAAUAUGCCCUCACUUAAAACCAAGGUGAUAAGUCUGUGUAAAAGGCAGAGAAUAUAACAAUUAUCACCUAGAAUUUAUUUUAUCUCCUUGUAUUUUCUUUCAAGACAACAAACCUUACCUUGUUGCCCAGGUUGGAAUCGCAAGCAUAUGCCCCCAUACUAGCCCAUCACUUUUUUUUUUCCGAGACAGGGUUUCUCUGUGUAACAGUCUUAGCUGUCCUGGAACUAGCUCUUGUAGACCAUGCUGGCCUCGAACUCACGGAGAUCCACCUGCCUCUGCCUUCCAAGUGCUGGGAUUAAAGGCCUGCACCACCACUGCCUGGUUAGUUCAUUUAAUUUUAAAAUUUUUAAUUUUUAAAUGUUUAAUUUUUAAACAAAUAAGAUAGAACAAUUAUUUCAAUUGAUGAAUAGAUAUGAACGAAUCAUGUAGGGCUAGCAAGAUGGCUCAGGAGAUAGAGGAGGCCACUGUGCAAGCCUGGUGAUGUCAGCUUGAUCUCCGGAAACAUACGCAGAGGAGACGGCUGACUUCACAGUUGUCCUCUGACCGCUACACAUGUGCUGUGGCCCAGAUGCACACCUGCACACACACAUACGUC